AUGAAGUACUUGCUGGGAGCUUUGCUACUGGCGGCGACUUUGACCGUGCACGCCGCACCGCUCUCUCUCUCCCGCCUUAUCCUCAUCAGCCGAACAGAGGCUGAGGGGAGCAACUCGGCCUCACCACCUUCCUGCGCGACUUUCCACAUCACAGUCGGUGCACAGACACUCUACGACGUCUACCACGUAUCGGGCGACUGCGAGAGGGAGCUGAGGCGGCGAGGAGGAGCGGCGGACGGUCGUUUGGGUGACGCAGGAUCCGGUAUGCUGAGCGUAGCGAUCGGGCGGGAUAGCGUUGAAGCUUCGGAGGACGCAAAAAGUGCCGGGGACACCGCCGGGCUGCUCUACUGGCUCCACCGUACGACCGUCGAGACGGACUCCUCCCUCUCCUCCGACUCGCCCUCCGCUUCUUCCGCUCAAAUCACCUUCUCUUCGCCCAAUGCCGGUUCCAACACCAUCCCUGAACUCGACCCGACGCACCUCCUUGACCUCCCGUCGAACGAAGGCCGUCUCGUCCUCCUUUCCCCCGAUCCGACCACCGCAAACGCUCAGCUCUCCUACAUGUCCUCCCACCCCGCCUACUCGCACUACUCGCUUGUCGCUCUUCCUCGUCUCAGCAGCGCCCUCGAGGAGCCCUCGCCCUUCCCCGAAGUUCCCGCUGCGGCAGUCAACCGCGUCAAGGCGCACCUCGAAGGCUUGACGUUCCAGCCGUUGCUGAGCAAGGUCGUUUCGGGUUUGGACAGCGAGAAGGAGCUGGAGAGGAUGAGGAGGGAUGUGAAGACCCUUAGCGGAGAGGAUCAGAGUCGGGUCAAGCCGAGCGAGCGGUGGGUGUCGAGGCACUCGAUGAGCACCGGCGGGCACAAAGCAGCAAACUGGGUCCUCGACCAAAUGUCCUCCUACGGUUUUAACUGCACCCACAUCUCCUACCUUCCCGGCUACGCUCCAAUGGUCGAAUGCGUCUACCUCGACUCGUCUCUCGGGUCGGACGACUCGCACCUGCGAAGCGCCAGCGCGAUUGAGUACAACGCGAACGAGACGAUGAUCCUCGGCGCGCACUUUGACUCGCGAGGCUCGUUUGGCUUCCCUACAGCGCCUGGAGCGGACGACGACGCGUCGGGCACGGCGCUCGUGCUGGCGGUCGCCAGGCUGAUCCACUCGUACAACCUCAAGUUUGCGCGGAAGCUCGUCCUCGCCCUCUUCUCCGGCGAAGAACAAGGCCUCCUCUCCUCCUCACACUACGCCUCUCUCCUCCGCUCGCGCUCAGAAGACGUCGCCCUCAUGCUCCAAGUCGACAUGGUAGGCUACCGCAAGCCCGGCGAACCGAUGCAACUUGCCAGGCCCGACAAGAUUGGGUUGAAAGAGGCUGGGUGGUUGGUAGGGAAUUUGAGUGAGGUGUAUGUACCCGAGUUGAUUGUUGGCUACACUCCCGCCUGCUGUUCCGACCACCAAUCUUUCGUCUCCAACUCUUACGCCUCGACCUGGAUCUUCGAGCGCAACGGCCCCAUCGCAGACCCGUGCUAUCACAACUCGUGCGACCUCUCCGCGCGCGAAGGGUACAGUUUUGAACAGAUUGCCGCGCAUGCGAAGGUUGCGAUGGGCUUGGUUUGGGAGGUCGCGGGCGGUUGGGUGCCGUAG